GCGAACUGGAGCCCGAUUCGGUCUCUCCGCCUGGUAGAAGGACGCAUGUUUCGUCUGGUCGGUCAUCCCGCAGCCAAUUACAUGCUCCGCCUGGGCAAUGAUAGAUUUAGGCAAAGUUCCAGCAUGAGCCCUGGUCCUUGGUUAGGAUGCGUCCAUAUGGACAAGCACAUCAAGGCUGAAAGAAAAUACGAAACCUCCAAUUUUGUCGGAGAUACAAAGAUCGGCAGUCUGAUAGGGGACUUAUCCAGUCGCCCCGUACCUCAAUUUUCAAAUACAAGCUGAAUUGAGGCGACCCUACAGCAAACGGGGAGAAUGUUCAUCUCAUAAAGUCUGAUUUUACACAAGUUGGGAAUCAGAAAUGGGUCCUCCAAAACAGGUAGUCAUCGUGGGUGGCUCCAUCGCCGGCUUGCUACAAGGCCUUCAACUGAAGCGCCAAGGAAGUGAGGUCAUUAUCUUGGAACAAGAUCCUAGCAAGGAGCGGGACAGUCAUGAAUCCGGAAUAAACCUUGGUCCCAGCGUUGUCGCCCUACUGGAAAAGUAUGAUGCUACUGGCCGGCUAGGAACCAUCCCAUCCCAGUACAUCAGUGUGGCAUGGCGAAAGCGCCUCCGCGUGAUCAACCGGCCAUGGUAUCAUGAAAUGAGCAACUGGGGCUGGCUGUACAACGUACUGCGUGCGAACUUUGACGGCCUGGUAUCGACAGCCGUGCCAGUCUCGCCCGAGCCAAUCGAAGGUGACGGCAAGGUUGAAUAUCGUUCCGGCCAGCGGGUUACGGGCCUUUCCGACGACGCAGACAAACGCAGGGUCACGGUGCAGUUCACCGAUGUGGUCACGGGAGUGAAAGACCAGUUGACUGCGGACCUGGUCAUGGGGGCAGACGGUGUGCACUCCGUCGUUCGAAGCCUGAUUGGGGCCGAAGCAAGAAAGGACUACGCUGGGUACAUUGCUUGGAGGGGCACUGUGCCGGAACGCCUUGUAACAAAGGAGACAAUCGAAUAUUUCUCGAACCGUCUCAACUUCUGUCUGCUGCGUGGCACAUAUUUGAUAAGCUACCUCAUACCAACCGAGGCAGGAGAUCUUGAACCAGGCAAACGUCUCAUCAACUGGGUUUGGUACUUCAAAGUGACCGGAGGUUCACAUGAGAUGGCGAGGAUCUUCACCGACGUGAACGGUAGGGUACGCCAAAACACGGUGUCCCAGGGGCUGGUAAACCCCGAGGUCUGGGCCGACCAGAAAGCAAAAUACGUGGACCACUUUCCCACGCCUUUCGCCGAAGUCGUGACCAUGACCCCUAAGCCGUUCGUCACCAAGGUAGGCGAGGCGGAGUCCAGUACAGCCAGCGUCUACGACGGUCGCGUCGUGCUGGUUGGAGAUGCAUUGACUUCGCACCGGCCGCAUAUGGGCAUGGCCUCCGAGCAAGCGGCCAGGCAUUGCUGGCAGAUGGAUAAGGUGUGGCGUGGAGAAACUACUCAGGAGCAGCGCGACUGCGAGGCCAGGCUGUAUGCUAGGAGGUUUUUAUUGAUUAACAGAAUGAUUGGGCUAUCCGGGAUGGAGUGGCUCUUAACGCUACUACGAACUGGUAUUUCCUAUACAUGGGUCAUGUUUCUGCAUCAGAUAGGACGCCUUUGAUCAUUAGCAUUGGACAUAUGUCAGUACCUAGGUAGGUCGAUUGGCCUUUCGGUGCUUUAAGGAAUGGCCUGACAAAAAUUGCAUUAAAUUUGAA